AUGGAGUCACGUAUUAAAUACCUGGACGAGUUGUCAGUAGUGUUAUUAAGAUCCAAAGUUUCAAAAUUAAAGGACCAAAAUAUUGCACCUAAGGUCCCCGAAGAUGGUGAUCCAAAUAGUUGUGAACUGAUUAAAUUUUUAGUCAAAAACUUACUAGAUUCUCAGAAAGGUGAAGUCUUUAAAAGCACUACAAUUUUUUCAAAAUCAAUGCAAGUAUUAGAUUUGGUAAUAACAACGAAUCCUUACUUAUUGAUCCAUACAUCGUUAGAUAUAGUUCCAUCGGAUAAUCAAAAACAAUCAAUUGGUAUAUUGUCAUUGAUAGAAAUAUUUAUAGAAAUAUCAGUGUUAAAUAUAGACAGACAAGACAGAUUAUGGUUUAUAAGGAGAAAACUAGGAAAUUGGUGCCAAUUAGUAACUGAUAUUUAUGGUAGCCAUUAUAAAUUAAUACAAUCUUACUUUUUUGAAACAACACUAGAUAAAUAUGAAAAGAAACUAAGAACUGUACGAUAUGGUAAUUAUCCUUAUCAAUACUAUCUGAGAAACCUACAAGUAAUUUAUGUGUUGUGCUACUUGUUAAAUGCUAAGCAUUCAAUUACUAAAUCAACUUUCUUAUUUAUAGACUCGAAUAAAGGAACAAAUUCAUGGAAUAUAAAAUUCCAGAAAUUAAUGAGAGUUGUACUUUUCAUAUUAGAUUCAGUACAAAUAGAACCAAACAUCGACUACAUAGAACUACAGUUGAAAUUUAUAUCGUUGACGGUAGAACAAUUAUUCACCAGUACUAUACCGAGUAUACAAGGAACACCUCGUAUUAUAUCGACUGAUCAAUUUAAAUUUACUUUAACAAUGAUCAACCAGUUCAUGAAAAGUAAUAUCGUCACUGAUUGCAGUGAUUCUAUAACUUUUGCGAAAUGUCUUUUAAGAGUGUACUCACUAUGUAUCCCAAGAGGAUCACGCCAUGAUCUUACCAAACAAUUUUUCGAUUUAUUACAAAACGAACUUUCUUUAGAACAAUGGAUUAGAGAUUACGAAUCACAUUUUACAUCUAACGAAAAUAAUCCAGAAGAUACAUCUACAAAUCCAACUUGGCGAAGUGUCAUCUUAGUAUACCUUGACAUUCAAAGGCGUUCUGUAUCUUCUAAGUCAAGAAUGUUUGACGAGCACAAUAAUAUCUGGCUUACUAAUACAUUUCCUGAUAAAUUUGUUAAAUAUGUUCUACAACCUUUUACAGAUAGUUCGAAACAACUAGAAAACCUUAGAAUAUUGAUAUUAACGUCUUAUUUGAAACAAGAACAUCCAGGUUUGUUAUCCACAGAACUAUUUAGCUUAGAGAGAUCUUUAUUAUCUUCCCAAAAUAAUAGCCUAAGAUUCCUAUUCAAUAAAAUAUCUGAGUCAAUUACAGCCUGUUUCACUAUAAAUAACAAUAAGAAAUUGGUAUCAUGGGUGAGAAUAUUAGGUAGAUUAGCGUGUUACGAACAUUAUCAUGGGGAUAGUAAUGGGCUGGAUAACUGGGAGUUUUGUAAAUUAUGCGAAGGUAAUAAUCGUGCAAACAUUUUUAAAAAUAUUAGUCCUAAUAGACCAGAUUGCACAAAACACUCUUUAACGUAUGUGGUAAUCCAGAAAAACUUUCUCUCUAAUCCUAACUUAAAUGACUUUAACGAAGCACUUCUAACGGGUUUACUGUUUUGUCUUCAACGAAUUUUUACGCAUUUUCAACCUCCAGCGUUAGUAGAUCAAUUAACAUCAAAAUUUCAACCAGAAUUUGAACUAGUCUCUAAAUGUUUCAGGAGCCAAAAUAGAUACUUAAGAAUUAUUGCUACUAGGUUGGUCCCACUAUGGAAUAUAACUUGCAUUCAUAAUUCAAACUUAGAGAUCACUGCAGAGUUAAUCAAAUUUUUACAAUCCCAAAAGAAGGAUGUAAUGUCUGAGACAUUAGCAAUGGCAUGGGUUCAAUUGACCCUAACUACUUCAGGACAGGAAUUUGACAGUGUCUUAUUUAAAUUGAUUUUUAACCUCGCAUCAGAAGAUUAUUCCACAUAUCUUAUGAUAGGAUUCCAAAUAAAAAACAUGGCAAGAUUACUUCGAAAAACACCGUACCAGCUACUAUCUCCGAUUUUACCAGAUCUAUUACGACAAGUAGGCAAAGGUGUAAUUCCAAUGACUCCAUUUUUAACGAGAUUAGUUAACCUAUCAGGAGUUUCUCUCAUUAGUAUCUUCAAUUCUUUCCAAAGGUAUAUAGUUCCUCAUGCUGUAAUGCAGCAAGGUACUGAUGUACUAGGUAAGAUAGCCACCAUUAUGUGUGGUAAUGAGGCAGAAUCCAUAAACGAGAAAAAGGAAGAAUUGCUGAAAAAUAAUAUUUCUGAAAUAUUUGCAGUAUGUUUGGUAAAAAACAAACUUUUCUCUUCUGAAAUUAUUGAGAAGAUUUUUACUACAAGAGUGCACACUUUUGAUAAAUCCAUGAUAUACAGGGGAUUACCUAAUUUUGUUACUUUAGCGGAAAUUACCAAGUUGUACAGAUUCAGUGAAACUGAAGAUGAAAACGCAAUUGAGAACCAAAAUAUGGUAUUAUGUUCUCUUAGGUUUUUAAUGACUAAUUUCAAGAAGGAUUAUUGUCAUGGUUCAAAAUACAAAAAUGUAAAUGCAUGGACUGAGACACAAGAAAGUGCAUUUCAAAAAAAAAUGUCUCAAGAUAUUCUAGGUAUUUUUCAAGUUUUUUCGUUAGAUAUUCAUAAUGUCGAAAAAGAUAAUAGUGAUAAGGAUGAUAUUGAACGGAAAUCAAAUUAUUACGAAAAAUUACGUGUCAUACAUGGUGUCUCCUUCCUGAUUGAGCAAUGUCGCCAGGAUGUUAUUAUAUCAGCCUUGCCACAAAUAAACAUAUGCCUACAAAUUGCAUUAGAAAUUGAAGAAGUCAGAUACUCUGCCUUAAGAUGUUGGUUACUACUUGUUCAAAAAUUACCAGAUGACCAAUUGUCUACCGUAAUUGAUGGCUUGAUUGUAUUUAUCCUUCAAAAGUGGAACAUAUUCAACACUCAGCAACAGACAUUAGUCUAUAAAAUUUUGGAUUAUUUAAUCACUGACAAAAUAGAUCUUAUGUUUGAAAACAAUCCUUAUAUUGUAUUUGCUUUAAAGGAAAAGACAGAAUUGAAAUUAUUGGACAGAGAUACAAGUUUUGCAAGAAGAGUUGGUAAAACAAGAGGUAUACAAGAUUUAUUGCCUAUAUUUGUGAAUAAUUUAUCAAGUAAUAAUCGAUACAUGAUAAAGCAAACUUUGGAAGAUAUAAAAUUAUUUCUGAAAAGAAAACAGACUAAUAGUACCAAUCAAGUAUUUAGUAUGGACAACAAUAAACCAAACAUUAGUCAGUUGUUAACUACACUAUUAAAAACGGCUCAUAAAUUUAGAACACUAAAUCCAACCAUUUCUCGAACAUGUUCUGAAUGUAUAAGUAUAAUUGGGGUUCUAGAUUCUACCACACAUGAUAAUUCAAUGACGGUGUCCUCUGAACAAACAUUUGAUUUUAGUGAUAGAUCUCAAACAAUCAAAUUUUUGAUAUGGGUUCUGAAUGAUUUUUUGGUGCCUUCGUUUUGGGAUAGUGAGAACCCCAACAAACAGUUAUUUGUUGCCCUUGUAAUGCAGAAAUCGUUGGAUUACUGUGGCCUCAGUUCAAAGUUUUGGGAUAUUAACAAAAAGGAUUCUUUUCAAGAAGAGUUCAGGUUAUGGAGUAAAUUUAACAAAACUGCACAAGCAACAUUAUCACCACUGUUAUCUUCCCUUUAUUUUUCAAGCUCAACAAAAUCGUAUGUCGAUCUUGAUUAUCCUUUUUUCGACAUGAAGAUGAGUUACCAAAAAUGGGUUACAUCACUUACUCUAGAUUUAAUUACAGUAGGUACUGAAGAGCAGCACCCGUUACAUAUAUUUGCAUCCCUUAUGAGGUGGGAUGAUGGAUCUUUUUCCAAUUUUAUUCUUCCAUACAUUGUCAUGGAUAUUCUAAUCAAUGCUGGUGAAAACGAGAAAUGUGAGAAGUUAGUAGGUAACCUCAGCCUUGAAUUCAGUCAUAUUUUUAAGUUAGAUUCUCAUGACCUGAAUCAUUUGCAGAUCGAUUCACGUAAAAUGUGUUUCGCUGCCAUUUUUAGAGUUCUUGAAUACUGCAGGAAAUGGGUAACACAAUAUAAGUUCAAUUAUAGUCAAUUACACGGGACAUACAUCGUCACUGAUCAGAAAAUAACUGUUUUAUUGCAAAGAAUAGACAAGUUUCUAAAUUCAGUUCCGUUGUCAUUGCUCGCUAAGGGUUCCAUAAAAGCUAAUUCGUAUGAACGUUCGGCACUAUACCUAGAGCAGUGCUACAGACAACAAGAUAUAAAUGAAACGAAUAACGAGAUGUUACUAAAAGAUUUGCGACAAUCUUAUGAAGAAAUUGGAGAUAUCGAUUCCAUUGACGGUAUGUUGAAGACGUUCCCUUCUCAUGAUUUUCAUUCUAAAAUUGAAGAAUUAAGAUACUCUGAUAAUUGGAGUAUUGCUCAAGAUUGUUUCAGUGUCUUGAGUAACUUCGAUAAUCCUCAAGCUACAACAAGAAUGCUAAAGUCAAUGCAUGAUCAUCAACUUUAUUCUAAACUACUAGCUAACGUAUCUUCUAUAAAACCUAGUAACAAGAGCUUUUUUGAAUCUAUGACGAAUGAUUGUUACAACUAUGGUUUAGAGGCAUCAAAUCUGUUGGGUAAUAUAGAUUCGUUAAAAUUUUGGAUCCAGAAAGUGGAAAGCCUGGGAAGUAUAAAUGAUCCUUCAAUUUUGUUUCAGUAUAAUAUGGCGAAGGCGUUAUCACACGUUAGUGUCGGUAACGUACACAUGACAUCCAACUACAUUAAUCGUUGUUACCAGGUAAUCGGAACCCAUUUUACAACAUCUGCAGCAACAUCGACGCUCGUCGAGAAACAGAAGUUACUAACUAAGCUACAUGGAUUAUACGACGUAAAUCUUUUAGCCUCCGACAAUAAUGAAAUUCAAUAUAAACAAAAUACUACACUUUUAAAUACCAGGAUGGAAAGAGUGGGCGUAGAAUUUACGACCAACCAUUAUUUGCUUUCCAUUAGAAAAUCAUUCAACUUAUUACGUAACCCAGAACAUGAUCGUGAAGAUUUAGUAGAAACCUUUUACAAAAUUACUACACUGGCCAGAAAUAAUUCUCGUCUAGAUAUUGCUAUAGAUGCAUUAAUGAGUUGUCUACAUUAUGGACAUCCACAUGCAGAAUUAGAAUUCGCAGAAGUGUUAUGGAAACAAGGUGAAAAUGAUAGAGCAUUAAAAUUGGUAAAAGAAAUACAUAAGAAAAACCAAAGUAAUCGUCAAAUUAAUAAACAUGAUAAAGCCAAGGUAUUGUUGAAGUAUACGGAGUGGUUGUAUAUCUCUAAUAACAGUUCUAGUGACCUAAUUAUCAAACAAUAUAGGACAAUACUGAGAUUAGACAGUACGUGGUACAAACCUUACUAUUCCUUUGGUCUUUACUACAGUAAAUUUCUGGAAAAGAAAAAGGCAGAUGGAUUUAUUCCAGAUGGUAAAUUAGAGUCCCAAUCAAUAGCCUUCUUCCUAAAAGCAUUUGAAAGAAAUACUAUUCAAGCACGUGAAAAUCUGCCAAAAGUCGUAACAUUUUGGCUAGACACAGCAGAACGAUCACAAACGCCUCAUUUGACAGAGGCUGAAAAGGUUACCUUGGGUUCCAUGAAGAAAUCUAAAUCUAAGGAUCCAAAAGAAUAUAUGGAGAAAUUUUUGGCCGAGAGAAUGAUUGUUUUAAAGAGAACUACUGAUGAUAUUUGUAAUCAUGUAAGUGAUGCAAUUGAUAAAUGUCCAACAUAUAUUUGGUAUUCGGUGUUGACUCAAUUGCUUUCAAGAUUAUUACAUGUUCAUUCCAAGACAGCCAAGUUAAUCAAGAAAAUUUUGUUGAAGCUAACAAUUGAAUACCCAACACACAUUCUUUGGUAUAUUUGUGUCUUACAGAAUUCUACAAUAAACGGUAGAGUCCAAUGUGGAACAGAAAUCUUAGAAGCUUAUUUAAGUCAAUCGCCUACAUCAAAGGGAUUAAUAUCUAAUGUUCAAAAACUGACAAGAUCAUUAACACGAGUCAGUAUGAAAAAGGCUCCUGAUAAUGAAACAAGAGCUGGAAGAUCAUUAGAAAAUGAUUUCAAAUUUGAUAUGAGAAUGGCGCCCUCUGAUAUGACUGUCCCCGCCAGAAUCAAUUUGGAAACGAUAUCUCCAGUAUCUGCAGAAUCAAUGUCAACAUACAAACCGUUUAGAAAUGAUGUUACGAUUGCUCAAUUUGGUUCUGGAUAUAAAGUAUUUACAUCAUUAAAGAAACCUAAAAAGAUUAAUAUUAUCGGUUCGGAUGGUAAAACAUAUGGGUUAAUGUGUAAAAUGGAAGAUGUUCGACAAGAUAAUCAAUAUAUGCAAUUUGCCACUACCAUGGAUUUCUUAUUGAAAAAAGAAGUUGAAUCUACCAAACGUGAUCUGGGAAUCACUACAUAUUCAGUGUUAUCCUUAACAGAAGAAUGUGGUAUACUUGAAUUCAUUCCAAAUGUUGUUACAUUACGUUCUAUAUAUACUACCCAAUAUCAAAUUCGAGAGAUCAAAUACAAUAUGAGAUCAUUCCAUGAACAAUGGUCUCAUUGUGGUGAUACCCAAAAGGCAGCAUUUUUCCAAGAACAAUUAAGAAGGUUCCCACCAGUAUUACAUGAAUGGUUUCUACAAACAUUCCCAGAUCCAAUAAGUUGGUAUAAUGCAAGAAACACUUACUCUAGAUCAUACGCUGUGAUGUCUAUGUUGGGCUAUAUCUUAGGUCUUGGUGAUCGACACUGUGAAAAUAUCUUGUUAGACACGGAGACAGGUAAAGUAUUGCAUGUUGAUUUUGAUUGUUUGUUCGAUAAAGGUAAGACUUUACCAUGCCCUGAAAUUGUACCAUUCAGACUAACACAAAACGUUCAUGAUGCACUAGGGAUUAUCGGUACAGAAGGUACAUUCAAGAAAUCCAGUGAGGUAACACUGUCGUUAGUGAGGCACAACGAAAUAGCACUUAUGAACGUGAUUGAAACCAUUGUUUACGAUAGAGAUGUUGCUCAUCAAGCUGAAUUACAAGAGGCUUUAAAGAUCCUUCAAAACAAGAUCAGAGGUAUAGACCCGCGCGAUGGGUUGAUCCUCAGUGUAGCGGGUCAAGUUGAUACUCUUAUUUGUGAAGCACGCUCUACGGAAAGUCUAAGCAAGAUGUACAUUGGUUGGUUGCCUUUCUGGUGA